AUGGAACAUUUAUUCAAGACUGCACCUGCUGGUCUAAUUCGAGCUUGGCAGCCUAUUGAGCCCUCAAUUUAUUUCCCUAUCAGAGUGAAAUCACAACAAGAAGCCAUAGGCCUUAUAGCAGAUACAGAUAUCCCAUUUCGAUCCACAAUUUUAGAAAUCAAACACUAUAUCCCAGGUUUUAAACUGCUCCACAUUCCUCAAAUGAAAAGUCAAUUAAUAUCAGAUGUUUUUCAGUACCUUCAAGAAAUACAUCCACACAAACCUGAUCUCCACCAAAGGCUUAACAUAGGAUUCCAAAUUUCUUAUAUCUCCCGAAAUCUCGGGCACAUUUUGCACGAUUAUUUAGAUUCCUGGCCAACUGACUAUAAAAAAUCCUCAGAGCUAUAUCAAGGAGGAAGAACAAAUUCGUGGGGAUUGUCCAAUGCAAAUAGCUUAGAAAAAUCAAUGCUAAUAGAAACUUAUGAGACUAUUUAUAAAAACUCUAAAGGAUAUGUCGCUGGGGUUUCUGAGCCUGAGCAUCAAUGGUCUUUAAUAGAAAGCUAUAAAAGAGCAAUAAAUACAAAUGAUGGGCUCUGCGUAAUUCCAUUAAUGGAUCAUAUGAAUCAUGCUUAUAAGCCAAAUUGCGAAAUUUAUAGGGAAUUAGGGUCUUAUUCACUGAUAGCAGAAAGGGAUAUAAAAGCUGGGGAGGAGCUGACAAGGAAUUUUGGAAAUUUAAGUAGCGUUGAUUUUUUGUGAAGAUUUGGGUUUCUUGAUGAGGAUAAUCCUGAUAAAAAUACUAUUAUCAAUGCAGAAGUCGAUCCAAGCUGGCCGGACUUAUUAAGAAAGUUCGGAAUUACAGAUAAUUCCCCUAUCACUGAGCUAGACAAUCCUAACAACUAUACGAUGAAAUCUUUGAAAAAAGCUUUACUAAAAAAAUAUAAUAUAACAGAACUCUCAGAAUUCAAAAUUACACGCCCACCACUUCCUGAUAUGGAAAAAGUGCAUAUAUUAACUCUAUUAAAUAUUUUAUCAAUUUUUAUAUACAAAGACCUUUCUUUAUAAAAAAGUCUAUUUUUCAGUUCUAAAAGGUCUUUUGUUUGUUAUAAAGAGGGAUAAAAUUUUAUUUUGGAAAUUAAAAGACUUCAAAGACAUAGGCAUAAAAAGUGUUGAAGACAUAUUAAAUCUUGAUUUCUCUCAAGAAGUGUGUGAAAAAGUAAGGGAUAGAGCGAACUAUUUUAUCUAUCUUACAAUGCUGCAGAAUAAAAGGAUAAAAGAAGCAAAAAAGAACUCGAAUCCAGUUUUGGCAAAAUUCGAAGAUAUUGAAUAUCAACUAUUUCUUGAAAAUGAAAAUUAUUAUUUCCAAAGAUUAGGAAAAUUCGCAGAUAAGGCUAAAAAUAUCAAAUUUGGAUAA